AUGCUUGAAAAGGAAGGAUAUUUCAUUCGAGGUGAAAUGGUGGUGAAUAUUGAAGGAAGUCAUACAGUGUCACCGUACGAAUUCUACGCGCGACCGAUACGUGUGAAUAAUAACUUGGAGAGUGCGAAAAGCGAUGACGAAUCGAUGCCGUCGAAUGGCAGCGAUAUUGCAGUGGAGGACGACGCGAUGAUAACCGCUAAUGAGGAGUUGCAGAAGUAUGCCGAAGAGCUGAACACUUUCUACGGACAUCCGAACAAUCGAAAAUUUAUCGACAUCGCACGAGUGUCAAAGGCGGCGAUCAAAGAUGAUUAUUACUGUCGAAUACGUUUUCUGGAUUCGGGUGGCACAGAAAUCCGCAUUCUAUCGACUCUGUUCGAAAUUCAUGCGAUGCACUGUGAUCGGCCACCGAUGUGCUUACAAAUGUGCAUAUACGGUGUAAAACCAACGAAUGAUCAGAGUCAGUGGAGUGCGAAUGUGAUUAAGUUCUUCCGGAAAGAACUGAGAGAGGAUGUUCCGGUUGUGGUGAAUGUCGUUGGACGAUAU